GCCUCUGCACGACACGCCACGGGAGUGUUUGGGGGUGUUUGGCUAGGUGGCGCUAACACGCUGGUAUUCUGCUUGAAAUGCAUUCCUUCAUCAGGAAGAGAAAGAGGAAGUGUGUUUUUAUUUUUUGCUGUAACACCAAACAGGACGGAGAUCCGUUGAAUAUCGUAAACAUGAGCGCAAAACGGGCCCGCUUUAUCACCUGUAAGCCACACAGUCGUACGAAACGGCUUUUUAAUAAAAGUCACUCGACAAGCCCGUACGGUGCGUCUGAAUUUGGAGAGGAAGAGCUCCUGAAAUCUGUUUCGGAUGUGACAGAGAAGCUCGGCGGCACCAUCUCCGUUGUUUUGGAGUCUGCCGUGUCCGAAAUUAACAAGCUGGUCGACAGCAGAGUCCGCGUUUUAAAAGUCGGACUGGCGGAGAAGAUCAAAGAAAUCGACGUUCUGAGAAUCCGUUUAGAGGUAACAGAAACCGAAUUGGUUACUAUGAAAAAAUACGCCGGUAAUAUUAUUACCAGUAAUAACAACGCCACUUUGAAACAAAAGAGCCCCCUGGGGACGAAUAAAGACACAUUUCACCCCAGUGAUGCGAACACUGCAAAUACAAGCCGUUCUUCGGACGUCUGGGAGAGAUCUCUGACAAAAUAUGCAAGUACCGUUGCAAGCGACGGCGAUGUCACCCUUGCUUUCCAAACUCAAGCAGGAGUCGAGACAAAACGCGACUCCAGUAGUCAGCAAGUUCAGUCAAAAAUUAAUAACACCCAGCUUGCAAUGCAUCACGGUGUCCCAUCAAAACCAGCGCCGCAGUCAGCUGAGGAAAUCGACCAGUUGAACUGCGGGUUUAACGAACGGCUUGCGGACUACGGCUGGCUAGCUGGUAUGAACAACGGGGCAGCGUGGGGGAGGGCUGACUUUCAAGAUACAGGUGCCAGCGAGAGACUGCUGGACCCUGUCAGCAGUCCAGAGGAGACGAGCGGACUAGAUUACACUGCCGUCGAAGAAGAGGAAUUGCAGUCUAUCCACAUUAAAGAGGAGGUCGCUGAUCCUCAGCUGGAAUUCAGACAUGUCUCCCAAGACAGCAGUGUUCCUCUGUACCACAAGAACACUGACCCUGCACAAAGCAGUGGCGCCCCCUGUGGACUGGAGGCCACAUUGCAGGUACCGGCUGUGUUCUCGGGCCCUGUAAAAGCAGAGAGCGUCCCUGAAAUGCUUAACGAGGACGGGGCAGAGAUGGGACCAACUGAGGGGGGUCAUCCCUUCACCCAGACGGUGCGGAGGAGAGAAGCUGUACAGAGGGGGGGCCGUGAGGAAGAGGAGGGAGCAGCAGUGGUCUCGACUGGCAGCAUGGCAACUCACACUUAUCCAGCCCAACAGGACCUGGAGUCCUACCAGUGCCCUCACUGCGGAACCUUCUGCACAGGGAAGCGGUACCUGGAGGUGCACGUAAAAACGGCGCACCAGGAAUACUACAGCCAGCAGGGGGCAUUGCCCUUACCGGUGGCAGUUGCCGGCGAUCACUUCUCAAGGUCCGCCAGGGAUAAUGAAGCCUCCCUCCAGUGCAGCGACUGUGGGAAGAAAUUCAACUACCUGGGGAACCUGCGACAACACCAGCGAAUUCACACAGGAGAGAAGCCGUAUCACUGCGCAGACUGUGGGAAGCGCUUCAGACACGCGGGGCAGUUCAAGGCCCACAAGAGAAUCCACUCGGGAGAGACGCCCUAUUCUUGCAUAGAGUGUGGGAAGAGUUUCACUGUGUUCUCCACCUUGAAGAGACACCAGCGGAUCCACACUGGAGAAGCCCCCUAUCUGUGCACUCACUGCGGGAAGAGAUUCAAAGAGCAGUGCAAUCUGAACACCCACCGGCGGAUCCACACCGGGGAGACCCCGUACCACUGCACCGACUGUGGGAGGAGAUUCAGGCACUUGAGCACCUUCAAAUCCCACCGCAGGACGCACUCAGAGCUCUACUGAGCCCUUUGUCCUAACAAUCCACCUACAAAAAUGUUGCAUCGCCUAGAAUUUUAGGAUUGAGACGUAGUAAACUAUAUGAACAUAAUUUUGAUAUUUUUUUUAACAUCAUUUAAUCAAAGAAACUUCAGAAUUGUCGCAAGAGUUUACCGGUAGCCAUAAUAGUGGUACAGUAGUAUUUUGUUUUAGAUUUACGAAAUGUUAGAUUUUUCAUUAUAGAAAAUACAAAGCAGUGUGGAGUAGUGGUUUGGGCUCUGGACUCUUCACCGGAGGGUCGUGGGUUCAAUCCAAGGUGAGGGACACUGCUGCUGUACCCUUGAGCAAGGUACUUUACCUAGAUUGCUCCAGUAAAAACCCAACUGUAUAAAUGGGGAAUUGUAUGUAAAAAUAAUGUGAUAUCUUGUAACAAUUGUAAGUCGCCCUGGAUAAGGGUGUCCGCUAAGACAUAAAUAAUAAUGUGUUAACGUAACAUUAUUCAGCAGGUUUCAUUCGACUCUAUGAAGCAAAAUGAGUUCAUUCUACAGGGCGAUGCAUAACUUUUGGCUGUAUGUAUAUUAAACGUUUGAUCCUUUUCAGUUUCCAGUCGGGAGUCCUGAUUUUCAAAAUCAGUUCAAGUAAUUGAGAGGCACAGUAGUGUGUGUUGAAGCAUGCUGUCUAUCUGAACAACACACCACAUUUUUCCAGGUGCAAAUUGUUGGCGAUUUUUCCUGAGAAUGAUAGCUCCCUUUUUAGACCGCGAUAGUGAGAGGUGCCUGUCGCUGACAUGCAUGUGUGUAUGCAUUUCUGUAUAUUUUAAUAGAUUAUAUAGCGCUUUGUCACACCAGUCUAGCCACACAAGUCCUGUUAAAAAAGAAGUACACUUGUACAUAAAUUAAAUGUAACUAUUACCCUUGCAUUGUUGUCUUUUCCUUCCUGUGUGGUUUCAAAACUCUUUGGUAAAUGUAGAGUGAAUUUCGUGCUUCACCAGACAAGGUGCCUCAGAUGGGGUCGCUGGAGAGGUUUGGGCAAGACUGCAUGUUUUUUUAAGAUGUUUGUAAAAAAAAAAAGGCUGCAAUAAACAAGGUUGUAGUUCAA